GAACAAUAUUGUAGGUAUUUUUACCCAGACCUGUUCUUGAAAUGAAAUUUAAAAUGCGCUCCAGAAUACGGUCGUGGAAUCGGAUGAGCGUGUUUGAGAUAAUAUCAAAAUUCGAAGGUGGAAGUCCAGAGGAAGCCACCAGGCCACAGAGGACCAAGACCAGGGCACAGGAACCAAGAGAAACCGCGAAAUCGCAGGACAGCCAGCUGAAGCAGUACCACGAGCUGACAGAGGAUGGGCCAGUAGGGGGCAGUAGCUGCCAGUGGAGAGGGCUGCAGUCGUUCAGGAGACGGAGUUGCUCCAACAGGCUGAUAAGGAGAGUGGCCCCACCCACAAUGGCAGCAGGCCCUGUGGAGGAAGAGGAAGAGGAAGAGGAGGUACAGAAGAAGGUGACCAAUGAUGAGAAGCUGUAUAAGAUAGCCAGCGAGUUGCUGGAGACAGAGAAGGCCUAUGUCAAUCGUCUGUACCUGUUAGACCGGGUUUUCUUUGCUGAGCUGCUGAAGGAGGCUCGUUCCUCUGCCUCCUUCCCUGAGGAUGUAGUGCGGCAUAUCUUCUCCAACAUCUCCUCCAUCCACCAGUUCCACAGCUGCUUCCUGCUGCCGGAGCUCCAGAGAAGAAUGGACGAGUGGGGGCGAAACCCUCGCAUUGGGGAUGUGCUGCAGAAGGUGGCGCCCUUUCUGAAGAUGUACGGGGAGUAUGUGAAGGUCUUUGACCGUGCCAUGGAGCUCAUCAACACCUGGAUGGAGAAGAAUCAGCGCUUCGAGGAGCUGGUGCAGGACAUUCAGAAACGAGAGGAGAGUGGGAACCUCACGCUACAGCAUCACAUGCUGGAGCCCGUUCAGAGGAUCCCUCGCUACGAGAUGCUGCUCAAAGACUACCUGAAGAAACUUCCGGAGGCCAGCCCAGACCGAGCAGAUGCAGAGAAAUCCUUGGAGAUCAUCUUUGAAGCAGCCAAGCACUCCAACGCUGCCAUCGCGGACAUGGAGCGCUUGGAGAGGCUGUGGGAGGUGUACUCCAUGUUGGGUCUGGAGGAGGAGAUGGUGGACCCUUCCAACAAGCUGUUGCGAGAAGGACCAGUACUCAAGAUAUCCUUCCGCAACAACACUCGCAAGGACAGUCACCUCUUCCUGUUCAGCAACAUGCUGCUCUACUGCGUUCCCAGGUUCAGCCUGACAGGGGCCAAGUUCAUCAUCAAAGCACGGAUGGAUGUGGAGGGCAUGCAGGUGAGGGAGCUGAACGAUGCUGAAAUUCCUCACUGUUUCCUGGUCUCUGGGACGUCCAGAACCUUGGAGCUUCAGGCCAGGAGUCAGACCGAUAUGGAGGCAUGGAUUAAGGCUUGUGAGGAUGCCAUUGAACAAUAUGAGAAGAAGUCAGAGAGUUUCAAGAGUGCCACCAACAGCCUGAGUCAGGAACUGCAACAAGUCACUGUGCUGGAGGAUCAGGAACUGGGGAAGCGGGCCCCUCAGUGGAUUCGGGACAGCCUCGUGUCCAUGUGCAUGCGCUGCGGGGACCCCUUCAAUGCUUUGAUCCGGAGACGACAUCACUGCCGGGCCUGUGGGCACGUGGUGUGCUGGAAAUGCUCUGACUACAAGGCGGCGCUGCAGUAUGAUGAGAACAGAAUGAACCGUGUGUGCAAGGCCUGCUACAGCAUCCUGGCUGGAGAGAGGGAUGGACGAGAGAAGGAGAGGAGGAGGGGAAUACUGGAGAAACAGGCUGGUGAAGUGUCAGGGCGGAGCCUGAUGUGUAGCUUCCUGACAAUGAUUGACAAGCAGAGCAGGACCAAAGGCUGGUUUGUCAUCCCCAGAGACGAGCCCCUCAUCCUGUACAUGUAUACUGCACCACAGGAUGUGAAAGCGCAGAUCACCAUCCCCUUGCUGGGCUACCAAGUGAAGGAACAUGUGGUGGGCGACAACAAGUGUGCCUUCCAGCUCAGCCAAUCAAAGCAGGUCUUGACCUUCCUGGCUGAAUCGGAGGAGCUCAGAGACCGGUGGGCGGAGGUGAUCAACCGGGUAGCCAGUGGGGAGGAACCGAUGCAGGACGCAGAUUCAUAAAAUUCCCACGUCUAGCCAAAAGAAAAUUAUUAUUAGCUAAUUAAUGCCCUAAUCUGAUCCUACUGACCAAUACCUAACGUCAGCAUAACUAACUCCAAAUUACUAUUUUCUUAUUAACAUGCUCCUUCUUCCUGCCUCACGAAUAUCAGUAUCCCUAACUCCAAGUUGUGAUCAUGUCUGUAUGCUGCUGGUGAUGAAGACUGUGAUAAUUGUUUUAAUGCUUUUAUUGUGUAAUUUAAUUAAAGAAAUAAAGAUCUGA